AUGGGGGAGAGAGAAAGAAGUCCAGCCAUUGAUCAGGAAGGUAAGACAAGCAGAAACUGUUCGUCUUACUCUUCAUCUGAUUCUGGAACUACUCCACAGUCUUCCGGCCGGUCGUCGCUGGUGCAUCCCUCCCCGCCUGCAAGUAUUAAGGGAAAAUAUCCUAAAAAACAAACUUCAGAUAGCCAAGUGCAUCAUCACGCCCCUAGGAAACCAAGCCCUAAGGGCCCACCAAACAGAAAGGGAGUCCGAGCAGGAUUUCGCUCGCAGAGCCUCAAUAGGCAGCCACUUCAAAAAGAUCCUGAUCGUGUUACAAAACAGGUUCUUUGCGCAAGACAGCUAAAAAUCAAUGAAUUGCAGAACGAAGUAACGGAACUCCAGGUCAAGUUAGCCGAGCUGCUAAAAGAAAAUAAGGCUUUGAAAAGGCUUCAGUACAGGCAGGAGAAAGCCCUAAAUAAGUAUGAAGACACAGAAAACGAAAUCUCACAACUUAUUGCUCGUCAUAACAAUGAGAUUGCAGCACUCAAAGACCGCUUAAGAAAAUCUCAAGAGAAAGAACGAGUGUCUGAAAAAAGAGUGAAGGAGACAGAAGGCGAACUACUUAGGACAAAAAUUUCCUUACAGAAACUGAAAAAGAUCUCUGAAGCUAAACACCUACCUGAACGAGUUGAUUUAGCAAAGAAACUCGCUUCUGCCGAGUUAAAAUUAGAUGACACAGAGAGAAGAAUUAAGGAACUAUCAAGAAACCUUGAGCUAAGUACUAACAGUUUGCAGCGACAGUUGCUUGCUGAAAGGAAAAGGGCAUGUGAGGCUCAUGAUGAAAAUAAACUUCUUCAAAAGGAGCUACAAGGACUAUAUGACAAAUUAAAGGAAAAGGAGAGAGAACUGGACAUAAAAAACAGAUAUUCUAAUCGUCUGCCAAAGACUUCAAAGAAAGAAAAAGAAUUUGCAUCAAGAAAAAAUGCUGCAUGCCAGAGUGAUUUUACAAACCAGUGUACAAAAGGAAUACAAACCAGUGACGACUUCAAGCUGGAGGACUAUCCUAUAACACCACAGACAGUUAUGUGUUAUGAAAACAAAAGGGAAGAACCUGAACGUCUUUCUUUGGAUAUGGAAUCUCAAGAGAGAGAGAAUCUUGGAGAAGUUCGGAUUCUAAACCCAACUGUGGAAAGAGAAGACAAAUUUGCUAAAGAUCAAGGACUCCGUGUUGUGAAACAGGAUGUUGAGAAGCUGGAGAAUGGAUGGGAAAGAGAAAAACUUGCUAAAAAGACAAAGCAAAAGACAUCUUUGUUGGAAAGAGUAGGAAAGCCAAUGUUGGAAACUGGACAAUACCAAGCGGAAAUGUACCAAGUUCAGAAAAUUGAUAAACUGGAAGAAGGGAGGGUAAGGAGAGAAAUGCUACUUGCUAAACUGAAUGAAAUCAACAGAGAACAAGACUCUCAGAAUGUAAAAUAUCCUUUGCUGCCAUCGCUUCCUGACUUGAAACCAAAACUGCGUUCCCCAGAGAGAAACCCUAGAACACACAUGUCCUCUGGAUCCUCAGAGAGAUUACUUAACGGGCAUCAUCUGCAAGACCUCAGUCUUUCAACGACCAGAGAAGAUGGUCAGGAUCCAGGCCGUACUCGAAGCCCAGCCUCUCCAGCUGAGCUUGUGUUUGGUAGCUAUGUGCCUUCAUUUGCAAAAACACCAGUGAGGUCAAAUCCAGUUAGCCAAAAAAGUGACCUUUUGGGUUUCUCAGGAAAUAAUACAGAGAAAUUUAGUAAAGACGGUAUAGAUUCAGUUACCCGACGAGAAAGAAAAGCCAGCCUGAUGGAACUGCUGUUUGGUGCCAGUGGCAGCAGCAGCCUUUCCUCCAAAAGCAGUGACCCAAGUUCUCUGGCUGCCACUAAAGAAGACUGUGACUCUCUAAAUUUUCUCCCUGGGGAUAAAAGCAGCUGGGAUAGGGAACAUAGAGAUGAUGAUGAGUCUUUCCUCAGCAAAGGAAGAAGUUUUAAUCCAAGCAGACACCGAUUAAGACAUGCAAACAGUAAACCAGCGGUAAAAGCAGUUGAUUCUGUAGAAGAUGAAAUUGAAGAAGUAGUGCUGAGAUGA